AAAAACAACCUCAAAAUAAACAGUGGUCGGGUUCGUCUUGGAGACAAGAUGGCGGCGGGGCGGUGGAGCUUCUGGGAGCUCGGGUCUUAUCUCCUCUUGUUCGCGCUGGGCCCUCAGGUCGCUUGGGGCGAUGCCGAGCCUGCGCCCGAUUCUCUCUCGGAGGCUUUUGAGCCGGCCCUGGGAAAUACUGCGUCGUGUCAGAGGACCUGCCAGAGCACCUACCCGCUCCAUACGUACCCGAAGGAAGAAGAGUUGUAUGCAUGUCAAAGAGGUUGUAGACUAUUCUCUAUUUGUCAGUUUGCGGAUGAUGGGAUUGACUUGAAUCGGACCAAGCUGGAAUGUGAUUCUGCAUGUACUGAGGCAUAUACAUUUCAGUCUGAUGAACAAUAUGCUUGUCGUCUUGGAUGCCAGAAUCAGUUACCAUAUGCAGAAUUGAGGCGAGAGCAACUCAUGUCCUUAAUGCCAAGGAUGCAUCUUCUCUUUCCCCUUACGCUUGUGAGAUCAUUCUGGAGUGAUAUGAUGGAAACAGCCCACAGCUUCAUUUCCUCCUCAUGGACUUUCUACCUUCAAGCGGAUGAUGGGAAAAUAUUGAUAUUCCAGUCAAAGCCUGAAGUUCAGUAUGUUCAAAGUCCUGAUCAGGAUACCUCAGAUUUAAAAGAAUCAUCACUGAGCAAAGUGUCUCAUCUGCAGCCAGGAGCUCCACAGAUGCAUAAAACAUUCUUUGAUGAGGAUGAAACUGGUAGCAUCUUCAAAUGUAUUUCAGUAAAUUCCGGCUGGAUAUUAACAACCACUCUUCUCCUCUCUGUAUUGGUGUUGCUCUGGAUAUGUUGUGCAACUGUUACUACUGCUGUGGAGCAGUAUGUUCCAUCUGAGAAGCUGAGUAUUUAUGGAGACUUGGAAUACAUGAAUGAACAAAAACUGAACCGAUAUCCUACUUCAGCACUCAUGGUGGUUAAAUGCAAGACUGAUGAACAAGAAGCAGGACCUUUACCUACAAAAGUUAACUUGACUCAGUCAGCAAUCUAGAUUUUACAAGUAUCUUCAUUCAUCUAAUUCUAAAAUUUCUGUUAACUUUGGUGACUAAGGGACUUGAGGGAUGUCAGUGUUCAUAUUCAAAUAAAGUUACAGAACCAAUGAAGGCUGUUCUGUCAUAGAAUCCAAUAUUUUCCAAUAGACUGGUAGGGAUGUAGUUACACUUGUUUGUUUUCUUUUUUUUUCUUUCCUUUUUUCCCUUUAUCAUAAGAUCAUUUGUCUCUACAUUACUCUUAUGGUAUUUGCAUACAAUGAAUGCCUGUCAAAUGUAUUUUUGAACAUAUUUCAAAAAUUUAUAAAGAUUUUUUUGUGGAAAAGUACACCUUUAACUUAUCUUCAGCUGUGGAUAGAUCAAAGUAUCAUAGAAUUUGGUGCAAAACCUGUAGCACUUCAAAUGGCUUUUUUCCACAAGUAAGAAUAUAUUUGUGUUUUAACAUUACAGAUGUUUCUGGGAUUGGAGUACUGUGAGUCAGCAAUAAAACUUUAAUACAUUUCUCUUUAUUUGGGCAUCAUUUCUGUACUGACAUAGCUGUUUAAAAUUGUAUUGUUGGCUUUAAGUUCUUUUGCUUUAUAUCUGCCCUAUUAUUAGAGAUAGGCACUUAUUGUGGUUUGGCGGUUCAGCCUAUUGGGCUUUCAGAUGUUAUACAGGCACCCCGGAUUCCAUAUCCCGCCGCCUCAAUCUGAGUGCCCAUCUCUAUUUGUUAUCUUUGGGUGGUGGACUCUGUUUCCAGGGAACUGAUUCCCUAAGAGGCAUCAAAGUUGGCAAGUAAAAUUUGGGUAUUAUUUUGUUACAAAAUUUAGCUAUAAUAUAUGCAAUUUUUGAUAUUAACGUAGUUCAAGUCUGAAGCAUGCACACUUCCUCCUCCCCAUAUUAUUUUGCUCACCAAAGGAGGAAAUAGAAGGUAUCUAAUUUCCAGUGUAAAUAUAUGAUAGUUCCCUGUAACAUAUAAACUUGGACAGUAAAUUGUGUUUAAUGAAAAGAAACCAAGAUUUCAAAAUCCAGCUUGAAUAUAGCUUGUUUGCACUAACCAUGAUUGAAACAACCACAGCUCCAUGAAUUGAGCUACUAUAGAGACCUGAUAGUUUCAAAAUUGAAGUACAGGUUUUCAGUCUUUUCAUUUGAGGUAUGAAAGGGGAAGUGAAAAUGUGUUAAGUCCAAAGCUUGUUGUAGCUCUUUUUCAUAAUAUCAUACUCAGGUUUCCCACUAAUAAUUAUCUAAGCUACUGUUUAUGUUGACUUUAUCUGCAUCAUAACUGUUAAAACAAAUCUUAUCUAAUUAAUUUAAUAAAAUUAUUAGGCUGAAAUUCAUUAUUUAAUUAAUGUCUUAUCUGAUACAUGUCUACAAAUUACAACUUGCAAAGAGAGCUUUCCUGUUCCAACUUCUCUUGUUUGAUUUAAAUGUAAUGUUGUGUGUUACAAUGUAUUAUAAACUGGAUUUUUUUUUCAGUAUGAUAACAAAUACUCCUAAUAUUUUUGAUGACUUCUUGCUGAUGGGUACAAAUCGGGGGAGGGGGGGGUUGGACUAAAUAUUUUUGGUCCACUAUAAUGGUUUUUCUUAUCAUGCUUUUAAGUUACAGGAGGGUAUAUAAAAUAAUUACUAUUACUCUAUGGCAAAAUGGCAAGCCAAUAAAGUUUGAAUGGAAUACUGUACUCUAAAUGUUAUCAUAUACUGUAGCUGUGCAUAGAUGUUCACAAUAAAGGCUUUGAUUCUGUCA